AUGUGUUGGAACUUACAGAAGAGACCGGAGAUGAUGAACUCAUUUCCCGUUGAUACUCAGAUGGCUUCUUCUAUCAACAAAACCCCGAUUACAAUUAAUAAAGAUUCAGAAGCCGGGGAAAUAACAUUCACUGCCGUUCACCCAGAGUUUGAAUCUACAGUUUAUGAAGAUAAGUCUUCAUCCUCGAAGUUCGGGAAUUUUGAUGGCAGAAAGGGGUCAGAAUUUGAUAUUAGAGUGGCCUGCCAGGAUUUAUUUGAUGGUUUAGUGAAGAAAGUUGGUCUGGGUCAACGUCCAGAUCUUGGUGGGGUCGAACGAAUUACGAGAGUUUACCAAGUUUGGCCGGGGAAAAAUGUAUUUUUCUUCAGAGGUCGUCUCAUCUAUGGUCCAGAUCCAAGAGGCCUACUCUUAACAACAGUUUCUAUAAUUAUUUCAGGUUGGAUAUUUUGUGUUUAUGUUGGAGAUGAUCUGUUGAAACAUUCCAGUCUCGUAAUUACUUUUGCAGUGAUUUUAACAGUACUUGUGAGUAUAGAUGUUCUUGUUAACCUGGUCCUUGUUGGUUCAAUAGACCCAGGAAUAAUCCCAAGAGGCAAUCACUUAUCAUUAGAAGCAGAUACUCUUCAAAGUGAGAAAGUAAGAAAAACUAAGGUAGUUGUCAAUGGAGUGGAAGUGAAACUGAAAUUUUGCCGGAUUUGCAAGAUUUUCAGACCACCAAGAAGUAGUCAUUGUGCAAUCUGCGAUAACUGUGUAGAGAAAUUUGAUCACCAUUGUCCCUGGAUCGGCCAAUGUAUUGGACUGCGAAACUACAGGUUUUACUUGACAUUCGUAUCUUCAGCCAUGGUUUUCUUUGUCUACAUCUUCAUCUUCUGCUGUCAUAGAAUCAAACAUAGAAUCUCAGAGUCCAGCAUUGGACUGUUUGGGACAAUAAGGAAUUGCCCAGAGACAAUUGCACUGGCAACGUUCAGCUUUGUUGCUAUCUGGUUUCUUGGUGGCCUUGCCAGUUUUCAUACGUAUUUGAUUGCACUCAACCAGACAGCUUAUGAGAAUUUUCGACAAUAUUACAUUGAUUCUCCCAAUCCAUACGAUAAAGGAAUAGUAAGCAAUAUAAAGGAAGUGUGGUUUGCCAAAUUGCCACCUUCUAGAGUUGAUUUUCGAGCUGAAGUAACAGUUCAGAGAGAUUUUACUGUCACGUGGGCAGUUGGCAUUGGUGGAUCAGAAGGCCGGAUGACAGAGGCUAACGACACACUUGUUACAGAUUGA